AUGAAACUGCCCAAGGGGGCCAGGAACUCUGUGUUCAAUGGGCAGGGCCCAGAGGAGAAAGUUCAGGUGCCCUCAUGGCGGGAGGUAAAGCAGACCCCUGUGAUCAUGGCAAUGAUCAAAGGUCCAGGCCCGGCCAAGUACCUCCGACCAUCUGGCACCGGCUACUUCCACCACGACAUCUCCAUGUUCCAGGAGCCAGCCUAUACUCUGCACACGAGACACUCGGAGAAGCGGGUCAUGGACGUUUGCAGCCCUGGGCCUUGCUAUUUCUUGGAUCCCAAAAUAACCCGGUUUGGAAUGUCCAGCUGCCCGCAGGUUCCCAUGGAGGAACGCAUCUCUAACCUGCGCCUGAGCCCCAACCCAGCCCCCUGCCAUUACCAACUGGAGAAGACCCACCCACCUGGGGAACGCAGGGCUCCCCAGUGUGCUUUUGGCUACCGGUGCCCAUACAGAGUGAUGGACCCCAAUCCAGCCCCCAACCAGUACCAGCUGCCACUCUUGCUGGGGCCCAGCAACCCCGUCAGCCGAGCGGCUCCUUGCUAUAGUUUUGCCUGGGGGCACAAGAACUGGUUCUACAAGGAGAAUGUGGCAGGAGGCCCUGGGCCGGCCGUGCAUGCCCGGCCUGAGCCCUCCGUUUACCAGAACCGCAGCCCCAUCUACAACAUGGCCAAGCGAUUCGCCUACCCGAUGGACCACACACCUCGGCCUGGCCCAGGCUCGCACGACGUCCAGCAGGUCACAGUGCACAAGCCCCGCCCACCUGCUUUCACCAUGGGCAUCAAGCACUCACCCCACCUGUGCCCACUGGUCAUCGACAUUCCCGACUAA